UUGUAAACAAAAAUAACUUUGCUUGUUGUGCGGUUCUGUGUGUGCGUGUGUGUUUGUAUUUGUGUAUAUUGCGCUCUGGUGGUGGCGUUCAACCCCCAGUGGCAGUCAGCACUACAAAAGCUUGAAGUGGCAAGGGCAGCAUUCGUAAAAGUUUUCGGGGUUGCAGACAGUUUGCCAAACAAGCUGCGAAUACCUGCUUAAAUACCCAUAAAUACGCAAAGAAUAUAUAAAAUAUAUAUAUCUGUACAAUAUGAGCGAUGCAGGUGGCGCCAGCAGCCAGGGCGGCUAUCAGAAGCUGCCGCCAGGCUGGGACUGCAAAUACGAUCAGACGACGGGCAACUGCUAUUACAUAAACUAUCUGACAAAGGCCAUGCAGCUGGAGGAUCCACGCCCGCCGCGCAACUACAAACAGUUGCAGAAUGAGCGCUGCUCCACGGAGUCCAUUGCCAUGCAGCACCUUGGCAACGUGCCAGCACAAAGCUCCCAUCACAGCUCACCCUUUCAUGUGGUCUACCCCAGCAACAAUUUGACGGCAGUGCGCGCCUUUCAGGAACGCGAGCGUCAGCAGCCGGCGUUGCACAAUCUCUCCAGCAGUCCGCUGCUGUCCACUUCCUCGCGUGGUCAACUAGUGGAAAUGUCUUCGCCACUGCCGUUUCAGCGAGCGCGCUUGGCGUCGCAUUUGUCACGUCGUUCCACCAUACAGGAAACGUCCUUUAGCCAGUUCGAUACGCAUGCCGUGGUUAGCAAGAUUCAAAACAUGUUCCCCACGGCCGAUGAGAAUCACAUCCGUUUGCUGCUCAAGCGCUAUUACAAUAGCGAGGCUGUCGUCAUUAGCGCCUUGCAGGUGGAGAAGCAUCCGGUAACGAUGCCCGGCCCGUUUGUCACACCGCCCGCCGACCGUCAUCUGUUCCACAGCAAUUCUGCUUUCUAUAUGACUCCACCGGCGCGCCGCCUGGACUUGGGCGCCAGCCGCGUUACAGUUACUUCACGCACGGCAAGUCCUUUGCCAGGCGGCCGCAUCGGUAGUCUCAUGAGUAUGCAAAGUGGUCCGCCGGCGAUGUCAGUGCACGGUUCGCCGCAGCUGCGCAGCUCGCCCAGGCCGCACUCGUCGCCUAAAAUGAAAUUGAGAUACAUGAAGAACAUUUUUCCCAAGGCGGAUGAAAUGCUGCUACUCGACGUGUUGGCCAAUGCGGAUAACAAUGUUCAAUUUGCUUCGGAGAAGCUUCAGACACUGGGCUAUAUCAAACGCGAUAUGCAGCCACAUCGACCCAACAAUCGCCCACCGCAACUUACGGAGGAACAGCAGGCAGCACAGGAGCUGGCUACACAGCAUAUACCGCUGCGCCCCAAGGAAUGCAGCGCUGAGGAGAAGACCAACCUGGAGCUGGAGUUCAAAGCAAAGUAUCCACAGAUACCGGAGCGCAUAAUACUCAUGGCACUGGAGUCUGUCAACUAUGCAGAAGAUCGUGCAACACAAAUCUUGCAAAUAGUGCAGGAUGAGGAUGAGCAGCGACAACAGCAGCAUGCGGCGAUUAGCAAGAUGAGCUUGGACUGCGGCCAGACGCUAACGGUGGAGCAGGUGGAUGGUGUGGUGCCAGCCAGCAAGCCACAUAAGCAACAUCGCCAAUUGCCAUCCAUCAAUGUCAUCACACCUAGCACUGCCACCACGCAGAUCAUAUUACCAGCUAGUCAGACACCCAGCCAGGAGCUAGAGGAGCCGUUUGAGGUUAAGGAGCCAGCAUUGCCCACUACUUCAGCCAUUUCAAGCGCAUGCUCAUCCGCCUCACCCGCCCAGUCACCCACACGCUUUCAGCGCUUGACCACCAAAAGCAUUCUGGCACGUUCAUUUUGCGUUGGCAGCGACUUUGCAGCUCGCAGCAGCAGCAACAGCAACUACAACAAUAACAACAACAACUAUAGCAUCAAUGGCUAUCUGCAUGGCUCGAAUAGCAAUGCUAGCACCUAUUCCUCCUAUACGACAUCAGUGACGUCCUCGGCCAGCUCCAUAACGAAGGCAAUCGAAAAUCGCGCUCGCGACAAAUUCGAUUCACUAAAACAACGUCAGCAUUCUUUGCAUUUGGACAACUCACAGGGCUCGGAGUCCACCGAGUUUCAAUCGCUUAUCGAACGCAUGGGUAGUCUGGGCCCCAACUCAAAGCUGAGCAAAGGCGCCGACGAACAUCUUUUGCUUGCUGACUAUGUAACUUGGAAUGGACCGAAUACUGCCCUCAGCCAGAAGGCUACGGCUCACGGACCGGACGCCAGUCUGCUCUCCACAGAGCGGAAUUAUAAGCCAGGUGGACGCAAUUCGGAACUCUGCAAGGGCGCCAAGAAGGACUUGGCCAAAGGCAGCAUCUAUGCGCAGAGCCAAAACGCAAACAUUAAAUGCAACUAGUACUAAGCCAAAG